AUGUCUGAGGAUCCUGCACCUUCCUCAGAACAGAACGACAGCAGCUAUCAAACCAAAGCCUCAAGUCUCCGCAUGUCCGAGAAGAAAUGUUCAUGGGCAUCCUACAUGACCAACUCCCCGACUCUCAUCGUUAUGAUUGGCUUGCCAGCCCGGGGCAAGACCUAUGUGUCCAAGAAGCUCACACGUUACCUCAACUGGAUCGGAGUGCCCACCAAAGUGUUUAAUCUCGGGGUAUACCGGCGGGAAGCCGUCAAGUCCUAUAAGUCCUAUGACUUCUUCCGGCACGACAACGAGGAGGCCAUGAAGAUUCGCAAACAGUGUGCUGUGGUGGCACUGCAAGAUGUUAAGGCGUAUCUCACCGAGGAGAGCGGGCAGAUUGCGGUGUUUGAUGCCACCAAUACAACUAGGGAGAGGAGGGACAUGAUUUUGAACUUUGCCAAGGAGAAUUCCUUCAAGGUGUUCUUUGUGGAAUCUGUCUGUGAUGAUCCUGAUGUCAUCGCUGCCAACAUCCUGGAAGUAAAGGUGUCAAGCCCUGAUUACCCUGAAAGGAACAGGGAGAAUGUGAUGGAGGACUUCCUAAAGAGAAUUGAGUGCUACAAAGUCACCUAUCAACCCCUGGACCCAGACAAUUAUGACAAGGAUCUUUCUUUCAUCAAGGUGAUCAACGUGGGCCAGCGGUUUCUAGUGAACAGAGUCCAGGACUACAUCCAGAGCAAGAUAGUCUACUACCUCAUGAACAUCCAUGUCUAUCCCCGCACCAUCUACCUUUGCCGGCACGGAGAGAGCGAGUUCAAUCUCCUGGGGAAGAUUGGGGGUGACUCUGGCCUCUCGGCACGGGGCAAACAGUUUGCCCAAGCUCUCAGAAAGUUUCUGGAGGAACAGGAGAUAGCGGAUCUCAAGGUGUGGACCAGCCAGCUGAAGAGGACCAUCCAGACUGCGGAAUCGCUGGGGGUGACCUACGAGCAGUGGAAGAUUCUGAAUGAGAUUGACGCUGGCGUGUGCGAGGAGAUGACCUACGCCGAGAUUGAGCAGCAGUACCCAGAGGAGUUCGCACUUCGAGAUCAAGAGAAAUAUCUGUAUCGCUAUCCUAGCGGGGAGUCGUACCAGGACCUGGUGCAGCGGCUGGAGCCUGUCAUCAUGGAGCUGGAGCGCCAGGGCAAUGUCCUCGUCAUCUCCCACCAGGCUGUCAUGCGCUGCCUCCUGGCCUACUUCCUGGAUAAGGGCGCAGAUGAGCUGCCGUACUUGAGGUGCCCUCUCCAUACCAUCUUCAGACUCACUCCUGUGGCCUACGGGUGCAAAGUGGAAACGAUCAAGGUCAACGUGGAGGCCGUGAACACUCACCGCGACAAGCCAGCUGCAAAGACAUCGCUGGCCGUGCCUAGACGCUCCUCUCCGGCCUCCCUCCCGCUGCUCUCCUGA